AUGAUGAAAAACUACAAUUUAGUUCGACCAUGUGCUGUGUUUGUCGAACGUUUAUCAGAUGACUUUGUUCCCUCAAAACGUUAUAAAGUCGAUGCUGAUCUGAUAUAUGAACAACAACAGCCGCCACACCAACAACACCGUCAUCAUCAAAAUGUCGAUGAUCAGUCGAAUGAAUUAUCCGUCGAUGUUCUUGUCUUGCCAAAUAAUAAGAUUAAAAUUUCGUCUUCUAUGUUUGGUGGUUCAGAUGACGAUCUAUCCUCGGCAAUCAACAGCCAUGAUCAACAACAAUAUUUAUCUUCUGGUGUUACUAAUACCGAUAUCAAACCCGUUGUACGUAUUCGGUCACAUCAUAUGUCACAGGAUUCAAAUGACAAUGGUUAUAAUAAUUAUGAAAAUGGAGGAAAUCGUUCGAAUCAUCGUUUCAAUUCAUCAUCCCGUCGAAAUUUCAUUGAUACAAAAGAUGAUGAUUAUUUAGAUUUAAAUUUGAGUUCAAAAUAUGACCAAGAUAAUUCCAGCGAUUUAGGUAUGGAUUUAAACGAUGAUGAAUUAGAUUCGAUAAACAAAGUGCUCGAUUUUGACGAUGAUGAUAUAUCGGAUCAUUUAAAUACAAAUAUAACAACAACAUCAGGUACCGCAUCUACGGGUCGUAAUCAUCAUCAUAAUUUAUUUAAUUCAUCACAAUUACCAGAUUUAGUUAUGGGCUCGUUAAAAGCAGAUGGCAAUGAUUCGUCAAAUGUUAAAUUUGAACCAUCAUUUCAAUAUAGUGAUUUAUUUAACCGUAAAGGACGCACAUUUGUUUGUGAUGAACGUGGGAAUCGUGUAGUAUCAAUUAAAUUAGAUAAAAAUGGUGCAAAACGAUUAAUUGAACAAAUUGAGAAUGGUUAUGGACGAUUAAUGUUGGAAGAGUGCCGACGAGGCGAUUUACAAGCACAUAUACUCAAAAUUGUUUUCAAAGAAGAACAAGAAUUUUUUGACUUUAAUCGUUCGGGCAUUGUAUCAAAACAUUCAUUUAAACAAUGUCCAGAAAUGUAUCCAAGAUUUUUAGAAUGUUUAUUUGAAGCACGUAUGCUGCCGGCUGAUCCAUUAAGUCCAGAGUCUGAUCAAAUGACGUAUUCGUAUUGUUGUAAAGUGCACGAAUGUGGUGAAGCAUUUACAUCAAAAACUGAAGCAAUUAAACAUGCAAAAAAGCAUGCGGAACUCGAUCCAUUUGAUUUUGUUUGUGACCAUUGUGGUAAGAAAUUUCUUGGUAUUGCAAAUAUGAAACGACAUUUACGUGUUCAUAUGGGAAGUGAGGGGAAAGAUUUUCAAUGUCCACUGUGUCAUUAUCGCGGGUGCACAACAACACAUGUGAAACGUCAUAUGGCACAUAAACAUUUAGAAAAAUCAAUUCCUUGCCCCUAUUGUUCAUUUAUGGCUGCAACAAAUGCUGAUCUUAAGAUUCAUAUGGCACGCCGACAUUGGGAUAUUGAAGGUUUGGACAUACUGAAUAACUUACCAAAAACAUACAAGAAAGAAUGGAAAUGUACAAAAUGUGAUACAAUAUUUCAUGAUUAUUCGGAUUUUCAAAAUCAUAUUUAUAGUCACUCAAGUCAAACAAAUAAAUUUCAAUGUAAUUUGUGUCCUUAUAAUUGUAAAAGUUUUUCAAAACUGAAGCGUCAUAUGCUCUACCAUCAAGGUCAACGAAAUUACGAAUGUCCAAAAUGUAAUAACAAAUUUUAUCAAAUGGAACAUUUGAAACGUCAUUUAACAUCAAUACAUAAAUUAAAUAUACCACAAAUUGGAAGAGGAAAUCGUUUAAUCGGUCAAGAUUUAAUGAAAAGAACAUCUGAUAUGCCUCAUAUUCCACCACCGCAUGGCACUGUGCCGCAAUGUUAUAAAGUCAUUUCAAAAUGUGUCUUUACAUGUCAGAAAUGUCCAUUUUCCACUACAAAAUUAUAUCAUUUGAAUGAACAUGUUAAAAGUGAACAUUUACAACUUGAUGAAUCGUCUCACGUUUGUACAUUUUGUUCGUAUAUAACAGAUAAAAGAACCAAUCUUAAACGUCAUUUACAUCAUAAUCAUGCUGGACAAUCGAAUACACCGGUUUUAUUAUCGAAUGAUGCACUUUUAUCGAAUCCAAAUACAAAAUUUCAAUGUGGUUUGUGUCGUCGUUAUCAAAGCAAUGUCGAUGAAUUUAUUAAACAUAUCACAGAAAAACAUCGAAUGGAUGUCGUCAUUUUGGAUUCAGCCAAUAAUGGAAACAUACAUCAGCAGAUUAAAUCUCGUGGACGAGCUGAAGUAUGUGUGUUUAAUUCCCUUCGCAAUUCGUUUGGCAAAAGGAAAUGCAUCCUUUUUUUACUUUACACAGAGUGUUGUUUUUGUCUGAAAUAACGAUAAACUAACUACAGGUUAUUGAUUUGAUAGUCUGGUGAUGUUAAAAAUGCCUUUUGUGAAUUAAUUCCAGC